CGUCUGUGUGUGUUUGUGUGUACAGGUGUGUCCGUACCUGUUCUGUCUAAAUUGUUGGAAUGUUUGUGAGGUCUGAAGACACAAAAGUGUCAUUUUGAGGUCGUGUAGGGUUAGAGAUAAAUAAAUGGAUGUUUUCUGCCACAUGAGUGCAAAUGAUGUAAAGCAGUAAAAGUUCUUUUUAACCUGAAUUUCUCUUUUAGCGUCCUCUGCCUCCAUCUAGUGGUGAGUUAUUGUAACGACAUCUAUUAAUUUUUCUAUUUUUUUUUUUUUUUUUUUUUUUAAGUAAAAAUGAACUUUUUUGUGUUGUAAUGUGGAGUAAAAAAGUUCCAUCUUUUACUGUACACUAUAACUAUUUCCCAUGAUAACACAGACACACUGUGUUCAGUUUCAGGACAGAACUGUGCGUGUUUCUGUGUAUUUGCAUUGAGGGUUUUAUUGGGUGGAAUAUAGGCCACAUUCUUCUGUUGGUGUCGUCGCCCCCGGCCUUUAUUGAUGCUGUGGAGGUUGGUUCUGUCACGUGGGGGCAACAGCCGCCUUUCACAGCAAGAAGCAAAAGCUGGCAUUUGUGCUGGAGCAGGUCUGGACGGCGUGAGUCAGAAGGGAUGGACAUCUUCGGCUCAAUCUGCUCAGAAAAAACAACUUUGUGAGGAUUUUAUUCACUUUCUUCCAUGUUUUGUUCUGGAUCUCUGGGAUGCGAAGGCUUCCGCUGAAGGAGCUGAACGUCAGAUUUCAGGACUGAGCUUCAUGGUCGUGGGGUGAAGCCGGAUGGAGAACGAGGAACCCAACGCGGCGCUCCCCCUGUCCAUCAAGAUGCUGUCCUCUGAGGUCAAUGUGGAGGAGCAGGCCCAAAACGAGACCAACCUGAACUCUGUCAUGGAGACGUCAAACCUGGCCCAAAUCGAAUUCCGAAUUCAGCAGCUCCAAGGCCGACACCUCCUCCUCCAGAAGACAUUAAGCUGUACCAAGAAGGAGGAACGAGUUGGUGAAGGCAGCAGCAGCAGCGCCGAACCCCCCAGUGAGGAUGGAGAGCAGCUGGGUGAGCUGGAGACCAUCCAGAAGGAGCUGCUGGAGCUGCAGGCCCUCAAGGACAACAUGGUGGCAAAAGGAGCCAACUUCAUAGCCAGAGCAAGCAGAGGUCCCCAAGUGAACAACCAUGUCUACAGAGAGUCACCGCGCGGGGGGAUCUACACCCUGCCUCUCCCUGACAUGCAGCUGGAGGGAACGGCAGCACAAACACAAGAACAUCGGAUCAUUCCAGGUGUGGCUCCAAUAUUUCAACAACUGACUCUGCAUAAAUGUAAAACCCUGUUUAUUCUGACUUGGGUCACUGAAACCGAGAUGUUUACUUUUGCCGUCUUUUCUUGGGGUCCAGUGGAGUCGUUGGGUAGCAAACCAGGAACCACAAAAUGUCCGUCCUGCCAGGCCGUCGUCGUCACACGAACCCAGCUGAAAGUGGGCGCUCCGUCCUUCAUGGUCUGCUUUGUGUGCUCCAUAUUAGGUUGUGUUAUAGGUUGUUGUCUCAUCCCGUUCUUCGCCAAACGCUUCAAGAACGUUCACCACUCCUGUCCUCGCUGUGAGACACACAUCUACACCUUCAUGCCGGUCUGACCCGGGAACAUCCGGAGGUUUUGUGUGGAAGUCGUCUGUCCGUUUGUGCGAUAGAUGGAAAUGUUUGUUUCCUCUACGUCUCCCAGCAUCACUCCUUUAUUCAAAUCAUGCUGAGAGAGACAUGGAGCAUAAUGUGGACGUUUUCUAACGCCGGUGUUAGAGAGGAAAUGGAAACAAACCUACAGAGUGUUUUAUUCUUCAUGGGAUCGGACAGAAGCAGCUCCUUAAGACGAGUUAGAACUCUGGAUUCUUCCUCUGGAGAAGACCAUGGAUGAAGGAGGGACAAAGGCCACGGGGUCGGAGGUUAACAGCGGUUUAACGCCGUUAAAGGAAACGGGCUGAAUGCCGAGAACAGGAAGAGAUGGAAACAGAUAUUUUUAGACCCUAAAACCUGUUUUUGGUUGACAUGUAAAUCUUAUGUUAUACAUUUUCUUUUGUCUUUGUGACUUGUAGACUUUAUUUAACAAUUUUUUUUAAAUAAAGCAUUCCUCAUUUACAUUUGCAAAAAAGUCCCAGACGCUCCUCACAGUACACCGACUUUUAUUGACACAUAAAAGCAGGACUUUAUACACAUCUUGUUUUGAGUAUUUACAAAAUAGAGAGCCCGUGGAUGUUACACAUGUAUAAAAAUAUGCCUUACAUCUAUAGAAAUAUGUACAUAAUGUGCAAAACAUAUGGCAUCAGACACAGGAGGCAUGGCGUGGGAGGAGGACGCAGCGUCUAACAUCCUGGAAAUAAACCGAUUUUUGUUCAAAUCGCCUUCAAAAUAAAAGCAUGUUUUUCACUAGAAAUGGGAUGGUUCUGAUUUUCACAGGACAGGUGAUAUGUGCAGAUUUUUUUAAAUUCCUACAAACACAAAAGACCAAAAAUAAAAGCGUGAAGCUGAAGGUCUUCUCUAACGAAGCCCAACUUUGAUAUGAAAUGCCGUAAAACUCACACCAAUAAAAAUCAAGGCAGGAUUUGACGUACAGUACAUCGAAGGACAGCAGUCGUUAUUGCUUUUACAGCUGAACUCGUCCAUCCAGGCAGCAGAACGGUGAAGUCGACGCAUGACGGGCGGAUAGAAACACCAAAGGUCACUCUCAAAAAUAAGAUCCUUCCAAGGACAGUAAAUGUCAGCGUAAACUCAGAACCUCCUGAAUCUAAAACAGCUACAAGAUGAACACGAGAGCAGCGUUUGGCGUUAAGCCAUCAAAUAUUUAAGAGCUGAGAUGAGAAGAACCGUUAAAGGUCAAGUCGGGUUUUUGACCCUGAAAGGGACAGAGUUUUGUCGCCCUCUAGUGGAAGUAAUCAUAGGACAAGUGAUGUUUCUAAUCUGAAUUAAACCACUAAAGACCCACUCCGAUCAUCUAUUGAUUUAUUUUCAGUGGUCUUUUAAAAAUAAUGUUUUUAACCCUUUAACUAUCGCC